CAUCGCUCCGGGCGUCUACCAUUAGGUAUAUAGUACAUAUAUGGAAUAUAGAUUAUUUGGAUUACAUUUAAGGAUAUACGAAAGCGUAGAUGUAUAAAAUUAAUGAACCAUAUAUUGCAUAAAGUUAAUAGAUCCACAAUUAUAAUUGAAAAUUCCCAGAUGUAAGAAUAACAUCGUAUAAUCAAAAUAGAUAACGUAAAAUUUAUAGUUUGUGUAAUUAUUGGUGGUAGGGCAUGUUGUUAGACAGCAGGAGUAGGAACCAGCGAUGCAUGGCGCUGCCAUUUCUCCCGGGAAGCAGUAAUGGGUUUCUGUUUGAAGGACGAGGAAACCACUGUACAGUACCUAAAACUGAGAUUUUUACUCGCAUUUCAAGGUGGGUGGCAACAUUUGCAUUGUUGAUGUUUACGGGCUCCGAUAACCAUUUAGCAUCAGGUGGGUUUUGGGCUCGUUCAUUUAUCUAAGAAAUCAAUAAAUUUAAAAAUGUAGGUACUCAAAUGGAUAUCAUGUAAUAUUAUUAUAUUCGCAUAGUAUUUAUAAUGAUAAUAUUCUUCUUGAAAUCAAGUCAUCUUCUAUAUUUACUUUGUAGGUAGUCAUUGUUACGUAGGUAAGUGACAUGCACUUGAACAAAUUUGAAAAAGAAACGGACAAAGAUUAACUUUAAUUUCUACCAUAAAUGCAAAGGUGUGUAUAAAAGCGGAGAGUUACUGUUUUCAAAUGAGCAAGAGAAGCUCAUUUUCCACCGGGUGCUAUCAAAGCUCUUGUACAUUAUUUCAACGUAAAUUCCAUGGCCCUUGAAGCGUGAACCCGAAGUCUACGACAAAAAAAUCAUGAAAUAUAUAAUUUCUAGACUUUUUUAUAAUGUUUACAAUAACAGAUAGAUACAUCUGUCUAAUCAUUACCUAUACCUACUGUUUUAACACAUAAGUAUAUAAUAUUUGAUUAGGUAAUCAUAAAACUCGACAAUCAUAAUUAUAGUGAAGUUGUUACUUAUUUUUGCAGCUUUACAUAUUGUUGGAAAUUCUCGUUCUGUACACUAAUGACUACAAAAUGAUGGGGUAUUUUGGUCGAGUCCAAGGUCAAACUAGGACCGAUACCAUCAAAAGACCGUUUGCUAGUGAUAUAAUUAAGAAGAAAAAAACGAACAACAGUAGCAGUAAAACCGAUAGUUGUAUAUUAAGCUCAACAAGAUAAUAACAUUCAUAUUUUUCAAUAAAAUAUUGUUACUAAAAUAUGUUCUUAAAUAUGGUAAUAAGUGUAACGUGUUAAACGUAAUCGAUUUUAUGUUUGUAACGGGUUAUAUUAUUUUCCAAGAGGGCGAGUCUUACAAAAGACUGUGACCCGAUUAAUGCAAGCUUUAGAUUGACGUCGGCGAGUGUUGCGUGGCGCCCGCCGCCCAUUGCCACCUCUGUCCGAGUGGGCAGCUCGUCGACUCUGCGGCCAGUCUACGGCUCGCGCCCUCCGCGCCAGCCCGCCCCUAGCGAGCUUCCUUAACCACCACAACCACGCCAUUCCCUGACUCAUGAUACGCGACGAUCUUUAACGCACUCUGUUAUGGACAAGCGCGCGACCAGCGGCAGGGGCGAACCCAUUCCGAGCAUCUUAAAGAAACCAAAGAGCCGACACAAGGGCGACCUCCUGGACAAGAGUACCAAGAUCAAGCUCGAGAAAGUGGAGGGAUCUAAGAAAGGCGGGGAGGUGAGCGCACCGUUGCCGCACGGCUGCACCCCGCUCAUGUACGCCUGCCAACAGGCCGACUACAAGACUGUCGUUGAGAUACUGAACAAGGAUCCAUCGUCUGUGCGUGUUCGUGACCGCGGCCUGCGUUGCGCGUUGCACUACUGCGCGUCUAGCGGGGCGGGCGCGAGUCAAGCGGCGAGGGCGGCUUGUGCGGACCGCGUGCUCAUGGCAGCGCCAGCGCUUGCCAAAGCCCGCGACGCCGACGGACUCACACCGCUCCACCUCGCCGUUGUUCACGGAAACGUUCCGCUCGUGCAGACGCUGCUUGCCGCCGGCGCUGACGUCAACGCGACGGACGACGAGCAACAUACCGUUGUUCACUGGGCGACCGUUUGUGGUGAAGUCGGUGCAUUACGAGCUGUACUAGCGUCGGGGGCUGACGCGGCUACACCGGACCAGCACGGCGGAUACCCAUUGCACUACGCCGCACAAAUGUGCGGGGCUCCAGCAGCUACUGAUCACCAGAGUAGAGGGGCUGCAUUAGAAAUUUUGCGAGCUUUAAUCAGAGAAGGAGGAGCUAAAGUAGAUGUUAGAGAUGCUGAUGGACGUACGCCCUUAUUAUGGGCGGCUUCCGCAGGAUCAGCAGCAGCUGUUCUCGCCUUACAUCAAGCUGGAGCCAAGGUUGAUGACUCUGACAGAGAUGGUUUGACUGCUUUGCACUGUGCAGCAGCACGCGGACACACCGAAGCUCUAGAAACUCUGAUAGGUCUGUGUGGAGCACGUGUCGAUGUUUCUGAUUCACACGGCUGUACGCCACUCCAUUAUGCUGCGGCGCUCGGACACGCUGACGCCACGGCAGCGUUGUUGCAGCAUGGCGCUGACGCUCAUCGACAAGACAGAAAAGGCCGCAGUCCAGCUCAUACUGCUGCUGCUAAAGGUCAAAUAGAAACUGUCCGUAUACUUGGAGCACGGGGUGCAAACUUGUGGCUUAGAAAUUCUAAAGGUGAUCUACCUUUACACGAAGCUGUCGCAUCUGGAAGAAGGGAACUGGUCAAAUGGCUGUUAGAUGGCAGACCUUCCCAAGUAAAUGCAACUAAUCACGAAGGUCGAACACCACUGCACAUAGCCGCUGCCACUGACAACGCAGACCUUUGUCGUCUGUUAUUAGAUCGAGGUGUGGAUGUUAAUUUAGUUGCAAGAUCAUCUAAGAAUGAACCGAUCACGGCUCUCGAUUGCGCCACGUCUCGUGGGCAUCGUUCAACUGCAAAAUAUUUACAGAUGCAUGGAGGUUUGCCUGCCUCUAAGUUAUCUAAUACUCAAAUUAUGAUUGAUGGUGCGCCUAUAACAGGAUUACCUACACGAAAAGUCACGAGUACUAAAAUAGACGUUCGUGAUAGAAUAAGAAUAGAGAAAAGAGAAGUUGUCGAACUUUCCAGUCCUGUAGUUGAGCGCAGGCGAAUAAAGGAUAACAGUGACAGUGAUUCUAUGAGCACUAUUUCAUCUGAUGAUAGAAAAGUCACAAAAAAAAAACGUGAACACAGAUAUGCUGAUAAAUAUUGUGAAAGGAGAAAGAGGUUAAUGUACUGUCAAAAAAGUUUUAGCGAUGGCUAUGAUAGUGAUUUAGAUGGCAAAAGUAAAAGAACGCAUUACGAACGAAGUUACAGGCGCCCCAAAAAAAGCAGAUCGAGGAGUGAACCCUCGAGAAAACACAAGAAUAACGCAAAACAUCACCGUAGAUAUUAUAGAUCAGAUUCAGAAAGCUCUUCAGACACAACAACGAGCUCUUUGCAUAGAAAAAAAACUAAGCGACACCGUAAGAGAAACAAGAAAAGAAAAAGUUCUUCGUCGGAUAGUAGUAGUUCUGAAUCUACCGAAAGAAGGAACACGAAACGUAAAGGCAAAAAAACUUCAAUCCACAUAGAAAACGAUGAAGAGAAGCAAAGUAUUAACAUAAUCAAAUACAAUCAAACGAGUGUAGAUAAUUCACAAACUCACGAAAAAAAGGAAGAAAUAGCAAAUGUAACAGAAACUACCUUGAAAAAUUAUAUUGAAAAAUGUGAAUUUGAGAUGCACAAGACAAAGACACUGAGUGAAACCGAAACAGAUACUGUAUCAAUUAAAACAAAUAUGGUUGUCACAGAAGCUCAAAUUCACAUGGAACGUGAAUCUAGUCAACAAGGCAAUUCAGAAAUAACUGUAACAGUAGAUUCUUCAAAUAAUGUAUCAAUUGAAACGGCUAACAUACCUGUGGUAUCAGCAGAAGCUAAAACUGAAAACAGCUUGCAGAAAGAAACUGAAUCUUUAGACAUAGUAAAAGCUGCCGAAGAUUCGCAAGCUGUAAACAACGAGUCGGAGUUAUUAGUUGAUACUCAAAAAGAAGAAAUUAAACUUGAUAAUUCUACAACAAGUAUCACAGAGAAUCGAUCAUCCACUAAUAUUGAAAGUCAAGGAACAUUGAGCGAAAACAAUACAAUGCCAGAAUUGGAACAGAACCAAUCUGAUGAUAAAGAACUUGAAGAAAAACUAAGCAAGGAUUCACAAGAUUCUAGCAAAGGUGAUAUAAGUGCUGCCACAAAUUUAAAAACGGGUGAAUCUGAAUGCAUUUCUACUAUAGAAGCUACACAACAUACACCACAGCGUUCAUUUCAAAUACUCUCUACUCCUGAUGAGGCUUAUAAUAAAAGUCAAGAAACAUUCGAUGAUUUAAAAAAUAUCUCAAAUGAGUCUAGUGUCGAUAAAUCAGCAUCUCACGAUAGAGGUAGCUCACCUGUUGCGGGUCACAAUCUCAUGGGAGAAGAAGUUGAUCAUACAGUUGAACAACAGAAAACAGAUGUUUCAAAAAGUGAACAAAAAGAAAAUGGUGCUGAAGCUAUGAAAGCCACUGAUGAAAAACGAAAAGAGUUUAGCUCCACGACUGGAAGCAGUACAGAAAAUUAUUCCACCACAGAGAAAGGUCUUGUAUCGAUUCUUAAAGAUAGCUCUAAUAGUGAACGUGCGUUGCAACAGGUUAUUAUGGAUACUGUCUCAGAAGAAUACGAUGUGAAUUUACCUUUAACGCCUAAGCAAAGUAGAAAAGCAUCUAGAGAUAGUCAAGUAAUCAGCAGAUCAAAUAGUAUUUAUGAAACAGAAAGCUACAAAGUACUUGCUGAAAUAGGUGUAGAGGACACCUCUGACAUUAUGAAAUCAUUAGACAUGCAAAAUGACAUUGAAGAUGAAAAGGAUAUGUGUUUUGGAAGCAAAUUAUCAAAAGAUGCAAGUAUAAAUGGAAGAGUUGCUAGUAUAAGCGACAAUGAAAUUUAUAGUCAAACUGAAGCAAACGGUCGAAGGAAAAAAUUUAGGAAAAAGGGUCGGGCAAAAAGUAGGACAACCAUUCGUUCAAAAAGCGAGGUUUCGGAGCGAGGUUAUGAAUCAAGCGGAAUGAUGGACUCUGGGUUUGAACCUAGUCCAAGAGCAUUGCAACGUCGUAUUGUUAGUCCCCGACUCGCAGCUUAUUAUCGUCAACGAAAUGCAAGCGGUAAAUAUUCUGGGAAAUCCGAUAGUAGAAUCCCUAUUCGUAAGCCCGGAGAUAAAUGUGCCGUCGAUAUGAAAUCCGUUACGCAACGAAUUCAAACAAAUAUGAGAAGAUAUUAUUGUGAAAGAAAAAUAUUUCAACAUCUAUUAGAGUUAAAACGUUUACAAAUAAGAACAAGUAAAACAAACGAAGCAGUUUUGGUCAAAAGGGCAAUAGACGAGUAUAACAAAUCAAGCCUAGCAAGCGUUGGACUGGGGUCUUACAACAAUCCUGAUUAUUCCUUUAGCAGUUUUGAAAAAUUUCUUUAUGAAAGCCUCAGAAAGUUACAAAAAAGUGGUAAAAAACAUUUAGAUAAUUUGCCCGAGAAACCUUUUGAUUUCGACUAUGGCGAGAGCGAACUGUAUAAGAUGACUGCAAUUCCUGACAAUCCAUGUUUAUGCACCAGCAAAACGCAUAGAUGCUUUCAUGCGAUUCAUGCGUACACUGGAAUACCGUGUGCUUCUUAUUUACCAUAUAAAUGGGAUCACCACACUAUGCCAAAACCCUCAACUACUGGUGUGACAACAAAAUCUAAAGGGUUUCUUCCUAAAAUCAACUCGAAGCCUCCUACUGCAACGAGUAGAGCUCACGUUACUUUAGAAGUUUCUAAUGGGACAGAAAAACAAUUAAUUGCUUUACCAGCAGAAAAACUAGACAAAAAUAAAAGAUAUUACGUAACAUUUACCGUGAAAGGCUCCGAAACUCCUUCUGAUAAUGAUCAAAGUUCACCGAAAGGAAAAAUUAAGAAUAAAAGUGGCUAAGUAACUUGGAAAGCAUAGAACUGCCACAAGAGUUGAAAAAUUUAGCUUUGACUGAAAAAAUCCGUCCGGUAUAGAACAUUUAUUUUUGUAUAGAAAAACAUGAAUUGUUUACAUAACAUAGUAGAAACAACGGUGACGCAUUGCAAUGUGUAGUCUUCCUGAAUCAAUUUUAUAAGCACUAGUGAAAUGUUUCAUUGUCCGUUGUUACCUGCACUGAACGACAAAAUACUUGAUAAUUAUUAAAUGUAGAUAUUUCCUAUAAAA